AUGAAUAAGAAAUUUUUUGUAGCAGGAAAAAAUAGGAAUAACCAACUAAAAUUAGAGUAUGAAGUAUUGGGUGAAGGUAAAGAAAAAAUUAUAUUUUUACCUGGUAUACUUAGCACAUCAUGCACAUGGAAAAAUCAAAUUAACUAUAUAACAAAACAGUAUCCUCAAUAUCAAGUUGCAAGUUUCCAUUAUAGAGGUAUAGGAAAUUCCGAUUUUCACCAAGCAGCAAAAGGAAUGAGAGACCAUUCGCUGGAUCUUCUCGACUUUAUAGAACACUUAAAUUGGGACAAGGUUCAUUUAGUAGGAAAUUCAUUUGGCUCACAAGUUGCGUUCGAUUUUGCAGUACAUUCAAAGAGUAGAAUUAAAUCAUUAUUGUUAUCGUCGAUGAAACCACCUCACAAGAACUAUAUUUUAGAAGUUUCAUUAAUACUGGACUCUAUAUAUAAAAAUGAUUUAGAAUCAUUUCAAAGUUUGUUUUUUUCACAAGAUUUUUUAAAUUCAAAAAGUAGCGAUGGUUCCACUAUAAAAGAUAAACUACAAGGUCCUUUAUUAAAACAGCUAAAAGAAAGAUAUUUAAUGCCGAGAGAGGUAUUAAAUGAUCAAUUUAAAUCAACAUUUAACUAUUUACUAACCAAUGAGGAUGUCAUCAAAGUAAAAAACAGGGAUUUUCCAAUAUCAAUAGUAUAUGGAUCUAAUGAUGCUAUCUAUCCAUAUAGAGACACUUUAAAACUAUUAGAUAUAAUCAAACCAGAUUCAUUUUCAAUUUUUAACGGGUGCGGCCAUGGUGUGCCAAACGAAAGGUUCAAUGAUUUCAAUAAGGAGCUAAUAAAAACUCUGAAUUUAAAAAGAUCACCUAAUGAAUUAUAA